AUGCUAGAUGGUGGAAGUGCUGUCAGUAACUAUAUUGUAGAGAAGCAAGACAAGGCCACAGGGAAAUGGGAGCCAGUCAGCAAGUUUGUUCGGGGAACAAAGUACGAAGUUCUGGGGCUUUUGGAAGGCCAUGAGUACAAUUUCCGUGUCAGUGCAGAGAAUGAAUACGGAGUUGGAGAGCCACUGGAGACUGUUCUUUCUGUAGUUGCACAGCACCCAUUCAGUCCACCAGGUGCUCCAGUUGGCCCUCUGGCAGUGUCUGAUAUCACCAAACGCUCCUGCAGGCUGGCAUGGAAACCACCAACUGAUGAUGGUGGCAGCAAAAUCACCAGCUAUUUGGUGGAAAGACAAGAAGUUGGCAAACCAUACUGGGUCACAGUCUCAUCUCACUGCAAGGGCCUGUAUGAAAACAGCCAGUACUUGUUUAGGGUAGCAGCUGUUACAGAGAAUGGUCCUGGAGAUUUCUUAACAGCACAGAGUCCAAUUGUUGCCAAGAUGCCGUUCAGUAAGUUUGUUUUUGUCUGUUAUUUUACAUAUUAA